AUGAAACAACGUAUUUGUAUCGUUUGUCUUAUUCUCACUGUUAUAUUAACAAUCGUGAUACCAAUUGCUGUUUACUUUAAAUAUCAUUCUAAAAUAGAUAAAGUUACAACAGUUAGUAUAUUAGAUACAACAACAAUUGAUGCCAUUACUACUUCAAAUAGUGGUGAUGAUAAUAAUCAUCAAUUAACACGUGAUUUUACUUCGGAACCUGAUUCAACAAAUCAAUUAAACAACCCAACAACAAGUACAUCAUACUCAGUAGAAGAUUCGACGUCUGAUAUAUCGACAUAUACAUUGGUAACGGUCUCAACAAAGACUGUUCAAAAUACAGUACAAUCUACUUUUCAAACAACACAUAUGGAUACUAAAGGACAAAACAUAAUGACAACUGGUAAUGCUCAAACAUCACUAUUCAUGACAAGCACAAUGAAAUCUAAUGUUUAUACAGCGUUGGCGAGCAGUACAAAGCAAGAAUUGGGAACAACUGAUAUAACUCAAUUAACAAAGACAAAUAAACAAGAUGGAAUAACAAGUAAAACUGUUUUGAAAUAA